CCCGGUAUAAAUGUUUCCUUCUUUCUCUCCAAAUCAUCGUUUCCCAGAAAAUCCACAGAAUCGAAAAACCAGAAAUAUCUCUCACUAAAAUAAAUUAGAUGGAAAACGACGCCAAGCUACCGCCCGACCAUAAACUCUGCGGUUACCUAUGUGCCGUUCUCACAGCUCCGGCGGACGCCUCCUCCUCCAUUCCCCUCAACUCUCUCUGCAGCAUUGGCGGCGAACCCCCAAAUGUUUACUUCGCCACCCAAAGCGACGUUCGCCUGACCCCCAUCGGCAAGCCGGAAUCUUGCGAUUCCAAUGCCACGCCGUCUGUCAAGAAGCGUUGGAGCAGAAUUGGGAUGGUCCACGGAUCGAUUAGCGUGGUGCACCAGCUGCACGCCCUCGUAACGCACAAGUGCUUGAAAAUUGUGGCCCGAAUCACGAGGAUUUUGCCACACAGGACAGAGGCCGAGUGUGGAAGCAGGGAAGUUAGGGCUGUGGUGCUGGUGGAUGUGUACUUGCCGACAGAUUUGUGGUCUGGUUGGCAGUUCCCGCGGUCGAGCUCCGUUGCUGCCGCUCUUUUCAAACACUUAAGCUGUGAUUGGGAAGCUAGAGGCUUGAUGCUGAAGUCUGUCAAAUUGGAUGGUGAUGAUUAUUAUAGCAUUUGGAGUGUAACGGACUGUCACGUCCUUGGCUGUAGAUGGCAUUGUAGUGCACCUGACAAUCUUAAGAAGAAAAAGCUUUUUGAACUCCAGGAAAUUUUUAAGAGCUUACCCUGCGUGACAAAGAAGGUGGACUGUGAUGAUUCAAGAGUAAAACCAGCAGUCUCAUCGUGUGAAUCUGGUAUCUGGGUGCUGUCAGAUGAUAUUUUGAUUAAUAUUUUAACUAUACUAAGCCCAAUUGACCUUGUUAAGAUUUCAUUGGCGUGCCGUCAUUUAAGGUUCUUGGCAGCAUCCAUCAUGCCAUGCAUGAAGCUUAAACUUUAUCCUCAUCAGCAGGCUGCAGUUGAGUGGAUGUUACAGCGUGAGAAGGACUGUAAAGUCCUAAAACAUCCCCUGUGUAUGAAUUUCAGGACCGAAGAUGGUUUUGAUUUUAAUAUCAAUGUGGUUUCUGGUGAAAUUGUUGCUGGUAUAGUUCCUACAAUUAGGGAUUUUCGUGGUGGAAUGUUCUGUGAUGAACCUGGAUUGGGUAAGACUAUCACUGCUAUCUCUCUUAUUCUGAAGACACAAGGAACCUUGGCAGAACCACCAGAUGCAGUACAAGUGAUCUGGUGUAUGCAUGAUGGGAAUCAGAGGUGUGGCUAUUAUGAAGCGCGUGCUGACAAAAUAACUAAGGGUAAUGUGUCUAGUAUGAAGAACAUUUUGGGUCAUAAAACUCGGAGGGGACAAUUAUGUCUAGAUGAACUCACCCCAAAAAGGAUUUGUAGUGGCUACGAGUCAAAGUCACCCUGGCCUCUUGUUUCCAGGGAGCAAAUAGUGGAACCCACUGAUUCAUGUUCUAACAAAACAAUUAAAUUGUGUGAACCUGCAUGCUCAACACCUGCAACUAUCAGUAUGCAGUCCAGCAGGAGCUGGAGUAAUGCGAGGAGAAAUCUUCUAGCUGCGUAUAAGGAGCCAUCUUUUACCUCUGAGAGAUGCUCAAAGAAUAGGAAGCACGCCUCUAAUGACAAACAAAGGUCUCGGGGUAACCAAGUUGGUUUGGCCUGCAGGAUAUCAUUGACUAGGAAGAGGGAUAAGGAGACAGUAACAGACGAUCUUGAAUAUAAUGAAACUUGGGUCCAGUGUGAUGCUUGUAGCAAGUGGCGGAAGGUUGCAGAUGGAUGUUUAGCGAAUACUUCCAGAGCAUGGUUUUGUAGUAUGAAUGGUGACCCCUCUUACCAGAGUUGUAAUGUUCCUGAAGAAUCCUGGGAUUGUAGGGAGCCUAUCACAUACCUACCAGGCUUCCACGCCAAGGGGUCCUCUGGGGGUCAGGAGGAGAACAUAUCAUUUUUCAUUGGAGUGCUAAAGGACCACUAUACAUUGCUCAAUUCUGAGACAAAGAAAGCCUUGAUGUGGCUGGCUAAACUUUCACCAGGUAAGCUUGCAGAAAUGGAAACAAUUGGGUUAGUGAGCCCGAUCGUAGGGACCUCCCUAUUUGAUACGAGAGUUGCUCGUGAUUAUCACAAAAUAUUUCAAGCAUUUGGCCUUAUAAAAAAAGUGGAAAAGGGUGUUUUGAGGUGGUACUAUCCCAAGAGUCUUGUGAACCUGGCCUUUGACUUGAAUUCCCUUAGGAUUGCUCUCUGUGAGCCAUUAGACUCGCUGAGGUUGUAUUUGUCAAGUGCAACUUUGAUUGUUGUCCCUUCAAAUCUUGUUGAUCACUGGAGGACUCAGAUUGAAAGGCAUGUUAGACCAGGUCAGUUGAGAGUCUAUAUAUGGGGUGAUCAAAAGAAAAAGCCUUCUGGUCACUGUUUGGCUUGGGACUAUGAUGUUGUAAUAACUACCUUCAAUCGUUUGAGUGCUGAGUGGGGGCCCCGUAAAAGAAGCGUACUAAUGCAAGUUCAUUGGCUUAGGGUCGUGUUGGAUGAGGGGCAUACUCUUGGCUCAAGUCUCAGUUUGACAAACAAAUUGCAAAUGGCAGUGUCACUAACUGCCACUAACCGCUGGUUGUUGACAGGUACGCCAACUCCCAAUACUCCUAACAGUCAGCUAUCUUAUCUUCAACCCAUGCUAAAGUUCCUCAAAGAAGAGACUUAUGGCCAACAUCAGAAAUCAUGGGAAGCAGGUAUCCUAAGGCCAUUUGAGGCAGAGAUGGAAGAGGGCAGGUCGCGCUUGCUGCAGUUGCUUAACAGAUGCAUGAUUAGUGCAAGGAAAAUAGAUCUGAAAGCAAUCCCACCUUGCAUAAAAAAGAUAACAUUUGUGGAUUUUUCAGAAGAACAUGCAAAAAGUUACAAUGAGUUGGUAGAAACAGUUAGGCGUAAUAUUUUGAUGGCGGACUGGAAUGAUUCGUCUCAUGUUGAGAGUUUAUUGAACCCAAAACAAUGGAAAUUUCGAGCUACGACUAUAAAAAAUGUGAGGUUAUCCUGCUGUGUGGCUGGACAUGUCAGAGUAACAGAUGCUGGCCAAGAUAUUCAAGAAACUAUGGAUAUUCUAGUAGAUAAUGGUCUGGAUCCUGCGUCAGAGGAGUAUGCUUUUGUAAAGUACAGUCUCUUGCAUGGUGGCAAUUGUAUGAGGUGCAGAGAAUGGUGUCGUUUACCCGUCAUUACACCUUGUAGGCAUCUAUUAUGCCUUGAUUGUGUUGCUUUAGACAGUGAAAGGUGUACAUUUCCUGGUUGUGGUAACUCAUAUGAAAUGCAAAGUCCAGAAGAAUUAGCUCGUCCAGAGAAUCCUAAUCCUAAGUGGCCUGUGCCAAAGGAUCUCAUUGAGUUACAGCCUUCAUAUAAGCAGGAUGACUGGAAUCCUGAUUGGCAGUCAACAUCCAGCAGCAAAGUUACAUAUCUAGUUCGCCGGUUAAAAGAAUUGCAGGAAAUGAAUAGGACAAUUGGGUAUGGAGACAAGAGAGAGGUUAUCUCUAAUGAACUUAAUUUCUCCUCUAACAGGAGUUAUUUCCACAUAUCACUGGAUCAGGAGGCUUGCAAUAAAGCCAGAAAUGAGGGGAGCCAUGUACCUUCUGAGAAAGUUAUUAUUUUUUCACAGUUUCUUGAGCAUAUCCAUGUCAUCGAACAGCAGUUGGGUAUAGCUGGUAUCCAAUUUGCCGGAAUGUAUAGUCCCAUGCACUCUAUUAAUAAGAUGAAAUCCCUAGCAACUUUCCAGCAUGAUGCAAAUUGUAUGGCUCUCUUGAUGGAUGGAAGUGCAGCAUUAGGUCUUGAUUUAAGCUUUGUGACUCGUGUCUAUCUAAUGGAACCUAUAUGGGAUAGAAGCAUGGAGGAGCAGGUGAUUAGUCGUGCUCAUCGAAUGGGUGCUGCACGUCCCAUUCAUGUGGAGACAUUAGCAAUGACUGGCACAAUCGAAGAGCAAAUGUUGAAAUUUUUACAGGAUGGUGAUGAAUGCAGAAGGUUCUUGAAGGAAGAAUUUGGUACAAAUGGUCUUGACGGGACACGGUCAUUUCGCACAUUACAUGAUUUUGCUGAGAGCAAUUACUUGACUCACCUUAGUUUUGUGCGCACCAGCUCCACGAUAGAACAGCUGGAUAAGUUAUAAUCUUUAGGGCGGAGCUGUAUGAAUGAUUCUUUUUGACUCUUGACAUAUAUAUACAAUCCGGGUGGAGGACAACCAACAACAGGUUAGCUGCUUGCAUUCAGAAGGCAUCUGCUGAUUUUUGAUUUCAUUGGUAGCAAGACUAGAUAGAAGGAAGAAAUUGAUUUUUUGCUUUUCAGAUGCAUUGUUGAAUAUGAUAUAAUUCCAGCAAAUGUGAGACUCAUUGUUGAUGGUUCAACGUGUCUAUUAGUUUGAUGUUAGAGAAUGCAAUCACACUGUUAUCAUGGUGUCCUGUCCUGGAACUACCAAAAGAAUAUUCAUUCAGUAAGCAAUUGAAAUUCGAGUGCAGAAAGCCAUAUAACCCCCUUAUAAACUCUUUUAU